AUGGGGCGAGGAAAGGGAUUGUGCAGCAAAGUUGGAGGCCACGAGAAUCCGGCCGUUGCGGCUUGGGCAAUAUCCGCAUGCCUCUUGGCUGUAAUAUCGACGACAUGCUUUCUUCUCGCAGAGACCAUGCAGUUAAAGAAAGUGCUGGUCCCAGGCUCUUCUCUAAAUGAGUUCGGGGACGUGAUGUUCGUCUCCUACGCGAGCUUCAAUGGUUUGGGGGCUAUGCACGCUGUUCUUUGUAUUCUCUCGGUAAUUGUUGUAGUCUUGGGCUAUUUCUUCCUUCCCCAGUUCCUGUGCGCGGCAUGCCCGCUAUUGCUUAUCAACAAACUGGCCUGUCUGAUCACGUGCUGCUUUGGAGGAUACAUGUUGAACGCAGCAUAUAAACACAAACAACUUCAGCUGGACUUUGUACGCUACGGGGGAGUCAUGCCCACUGCGGACUUUUCUACCAGCUUCGUAAUGUCGUGCUGCCCCUUGAUCCUUCUCCUCUCAGUGGCGGCCCUCGCGUGUCUGAUAUGCCUUUCGAGAGCAGCAACAAUAGACGAAGACGGCACAAUGGUGGAUGUGAUGCUGCAUCUGCCUGUAAUAGCAGGCUGCGUGACAAUGGCCGGAAUUAUGAUACUUCCCACCCGCAUACCUUUCUGCGUAGUGAUGGGCUCACUUUGGUUAGUUGCUGCAGUCAUUGCUGCUGCGCUUAUUGGGUUCCAGAAAUGGGGAGGAUUGACCAGCAAGUUUUUUACCCUCGCUCUGGCCGUUUUCUACCUCAUCCUUGUGGUCAUGUCGGCAAUAUGCGUCAUAGCUCAGGGUGUCCUUUUCGUGCGUGGGAGACAACAGGUGAUCAACUACCGCAGAACAGAGAAUGCCCAUCGCAAAACAUUUUUCAAGGAUCUGAGCGACCAAGAUUUCAACUAUUACAAGUAUUUCAUGCUUCAUCAUGAGGGAGAGAUUUGCCUUGCCGGGAUUGUAAUUAGUGCCCUUCUCUUCGUCUACAGUGUCAUGGGAUUCGGCUUCUGCAUUCGAGCUUUCUUGGGGGGAUCAAAUGCCAUCACAAGAGGGAAUUCCAACACCUCAAGCGGCAAAGAGUAA